UCUGCAAAAUGGUUUGCAUCUCUUCUAAGUUCUAAGUAAAUACCAAAACAACAUCUUCAUCUCUCUUUCUUUCUCUCCUCUUUCCACCAUCAUCAUCAUCCUCACCAUCAAAUUGGAGAGAAACCUCCUUCUUUAGGAAAGACAACAAUGGACAGUGCUGCUCUUUUUCAGGGAUUUCAAAGGAUCUCAAGGUCCAAAUCUGUCCCAGACGUAGGAACACUCUCUCCGGUGAGCAUCACCACUAACACUCCGGCGAACCCCAACGGCUCUCUCGACCACUCUCCGUCCCUCACCGACACCAACCCCAAUCCUAACUCCACCUUCUCCGGCGACGCCAACAAUAACAACAACAACUGCAUGGUUCGCGAGCAAGAUAGGUUCAUGCCCAUUGCCAACGUGAUCAGAAUCAUGCGCAAAGUUUUACCAACCCAUGCAAAGAUCUCCGACGAGGCCAAAGAAACCAUUCAAGAAUGCGUGUCAGAGUACAUCAGUUUCAUCACCAGUGAAGCCAAUGACCGGUGCCAGAGAGAGCAGCGCAAGACUAUCACGGCUGAGGACAUCAUCUGGGCAAUGAGCAAGCUUGGUUUUGAUGAUUAUAUUGAGCCGUUGUCUGUUUAUCUUCAAAAGUACAGAGAGCUUGAAGGAGAUCACCGGGGAGCUGUGAGAGGUGAUGCUUUGCCACUUAAGAGAUCACAGUCUGAUGUUGGUGGUGGUGGUGGUGUUUAUGGUGCUCCGCCGCCGUAUAGUUUGGGGCAAGGGUAUCAUGGGUAUGGAGGAGGGUAUUAUAUGGGUGUUUAUGGUGAUGGGUCUGGGGGGAGUAGUCCUCAGAGUGGUGGUGGUGGUGGUUGUAGUGGUGCAAUGGGAGGAGGAGGAGGAGGAGGAGGAUAUGAUCCUUAUGGUCCUUAUAAUUGAUCCUUGUAAUUGAGUGACUUUGUUUGGGGGGGUUGUUGGAGAGGGGAACUCUUUUUUAAGGACUUGUGUUUAGGAUUUGUGUCUUGGUAUG